CAUGGAGGGCAUAUUUGAAAAUUCAAGAGAGAGUCUAUGAAGUUUUCUUCCAGUUUUCACUUUUGUAAAGAAGAUUAUAAAUAAAGAUGGAUGACGAGUUUGAGUUCACAGAUGAUGAGAUCAGAGAUGAAUUAUGUAAGUUAGGAUACAGGAGUAUUCCUAAUGAAAGGCUUCUAGAAUUUAAAAAAGAUUUACGAGUACUCAUACAGCAUGAGAGAAGCAGACUUUCAAGGGACACAACUCUAUCCUCUCAAAUUCAAACAGAUGCCUCCGACUCUUUCUUAGGUCCAUCACACAGACAACCAGAAAACACCCUGCCAGGUUACUUGGCUGCAGAGAAGGAAAACAGACCUCGGCGGUACGAUUAUGGGGAUCCCAUUAUAAGGAAGCCCCUCCCUCCUCAACCAAAUCAGGUACGGGGAGAUUUUGCCUUAUACGACAGUCGCCUCGACACAACAAAGGAUGACAUGUCAGGUUCAGAAUCGGGGAGUAGGAUGGUGAAAAGGAAAGUGCUCAGAAAAAGAACAGAUGGAUCAAAAGUAAUAGAUGAAUCAUUCACAGAGAGUGAAACAGGAAGUGUUCUGGACAUCAAUGAGAGACUCCGACUUCUGGGGAUUGACACAGACAGACCACAGACAGCCCCUGCUGGAGAACCUCCAUAUCGUCUUUCUCCAGAUGACCCAAGACCUGCAUCAGUUAUUUUGAGGCCAUCGGAACAUCCCCACACAAGAAACAUACGCAAGUCUGACCCUGUGGCUCGGUACCAACAGUUCCGUCAGUCCUGGAGUCAACAGCGAGCACCGGGAGAGAAAAAGCACAACCAGCUGCGGUGGAACAUCAGGGAACAAAUGCUGGCACAGGAUCAGGUUGUAGAAAAGAAACCUCAAAAGGUAUUUGUUCCAAACAAGUAUGUGGUACCAACAGAUAAGCAGAGGAAAUCUCUCAGGUGGCAGAUACGUAUGGACUUAGCACAGGGUCAGAUGCCAGCCCAUGGCUUCUAUCAUGAAUACUGACAAUGAUCUCAAGUGUUACUGCAAGGAUCUGUGACUGUCUCCUUCCUGUUGUCUAUAGAGUCUAGCAGAAACAUUCCUGGUUUGUCGUACCAUCCAUGUUAAAUGACCAUGAGACAUUUUGUUUUCAAAUUUUAUAGAUCUUUUUUUUUUUUACAGAACCCUUUUCUUAAAACCUAGUAUGUUGUAAAAUUUUCUUAAAACCUAGUAUGUUGUAAAAUAGAUGAUGUAUAUUAAAAAAGUGAGGGUU